CAGCCUAAAUCCUCCCCCACUCAUAAGGCGGUAACUUUAAGGUUUGUCGUCUUAAUGACACCAGUGAGACCUGAGAUAUCUAAGACCACUACAUAGUUUGAAAACAAAAUUGAGGUACCAUGUUGCAGGGACAAAUGCAGGAGUAUAUAGAGCUGAGUAAGGAUAUCAUCAAGGUUCUUGUUUCAGAUGCUGCACCAACAGAGCUAAAAAAGAGUCUGGACAAAGAGGAAUCUGUAAUUGAAUCUCUGGUUGAUGUGGAGAAAGAGGCCUCACAAAUCAUUAGAGAGCUGAUGUCAGUGGAGGAAUCCGUGGCACAAACACUUCUGCAUACUGAGGAAUCGAAACAAAAAACAUCAUCCAAACUGCGUAAAAUAGAGCAGGAACUGCAAAACACAAGUGAAAAACACAUUUCUAUGAAGGAAAGCAUAAAAUUGCUGCAAAAAGAUCUAGAGAAUUUAAAAUUGGUAGAAGAUGAAAUUGCAGAACUUGAGCGAGAAGCUGACGAAGAUACCACAAUAGUCAUUCCUUCUGCGGUGUAUUUGGCACAGCUGUUCCAUAAAGUGACCAAGAUUGACUGGGAUUAUGAUUGUGAUCCUACCCUUAUCAGAGGCAUCCACUAUGGUGGCGAUAUCGCUCAACCUAUCAACAUUGACAGCACACAACACUCCAAAACAUUUAUAUGUGAUUACUUGUGGAGUUUGCUUUCAACGGAAUGGCAACAGUCAUCCUGACCCAAGUUUCAUCUACUUAUAUUCUUGCCUACUCGCCUCUCAAAAUGAAAACCUCACCUCACUUCCAAAGUAUAUCUUAAGAGGAUUUCAUAUUUAUACUUGCUGACUUUUGUAUUGCCAUUGAAACUGUAAAAUUAUUUCUUUGAAGGACAUCCAAUGACUAUUUACUUUUUUCUUCCAGAACAAUGCAUGUUACCUGAUUUCAACAUACUUAAAAUAUUGAAAAGAUAAAUCUAAUUUCACCUUUUUAACAAUUAAAUGAAAUUAGCUGUGUUUUUAUGUUUUUACCAUGUUUCCUCUCCAUUUUUCAAUUGUUUUUUUUUUAUGUGUAAGGGGGCCACAAUGUAAUAUUUUCACUUAAAUUUUUUGGUGUCAUGUAAUGCGGGGAACAAGAUAACCCCAUUAUCAAGAUUUAGAUUUAUUGUCUUUUGAAAGGGACACUGAACCUAAAAAAAAUUAUUUUGUGAUUCAUAUAGAGCAUGAAAUUUUAAGCAAGUUUCUAAUUUACUCCUAUUUUCAAAUUUUCUUCAUUCUCUUGGUAUCUUUAUUUGAAAUGCAAGAAUGUAAGUUUAGAUGCCAGCCCAUUUUUGGUGAACAACCUGUGUUGUCCUUGCUGAUUGGUGGAUACAUACAUACAUAAAUCCACCAUUAAAAAGUGCUGUUGGAGUCUGAACUAAAAAAAUAGCUUAGAUGCCUUCUUUUUCAAAUAAAGAUAGCAAGAAAACGAAGAAAAAUUGAUAAUAGGAGUCAAUUAGAAACUUUCUUAAAAUUGCAUGCUCUAUCUGUAUCACGAAAAAAAAAAUUGGGGUUCAAUGUCCCUUUAAUUGAAAUGGCAUACUGUAGUACCUUGCAGUUUUUUAAGGUAUUUUAGAGAAUGUGAUUUUUCAAACUCGCAACACAGUACAUUUUGUGAAUAAAAGUGCUUUUUACUGGA